UUAUCAACAGAAUAAAUAUUCAAGUAUGGCUUCCAUGGAUAUGGUGUUGUUACACAGGACCUCGCCUAAAUUCUGCAAAAAUCACGUUUCUUCUCUCAAAACCUCCCAAUUUCUUUCCUCGAAUUCGCUUUUAGUGCUGAAGAAGAAUCAAAUCCGACUUCCGUCCGUACAAAUCAAGCACCUCAAGAAUCACAGACUUCCAGCUAUAUCUGCUGCGCAAUCCAAUUUGUUCAAAGCCAUUCUAACCAUAUGGAAGGUUGGGAAGGAUGGUGUUGAAGCAGGAACUAGCUUUGUGCCAGAUGCUGUUCCAAGACCAUUAGCAAGGAUUUCAGUGACUGCUGUUGCUGUCUCGUUGGUACUCUUUGUACUGAAGUCGUUCAUCUCUACAGCCGUUUUUGCUCUGGCUGUGAUGGGGCUGUGCUAUUUUACAUUUAUAGCCUUGAACAAAGAUGAAGCCCCAAAAGGAGGUGGAGGAGAAACCACUUCUGUAGACGACAGUCUUGAAGAAGCCAGGAAAAUUAUGGAUAAGUAUAAAUAAAAUAGGUCCAAAUCUUGUUUUUUUCUUUAUCAUAUUGAAAUUAUGUGGAUAUUGAGACUGACAAUACCAUGAAAUGUAAAUAGAAUUUUCGAACAUUUCUUGUUUCUGAACAGUUAUUUCAGCAAUCCUCUUUAAUUAGUUGAAAUAAAAUUCAUUUGAUCA